GGGUGGGGGCGUUCGGGGGUGAACUGAGGGUUAGCGGGGACUCCCAGCGGAGGGGUCUCGGUGGCUCUGGUCACCCCUUCUCGCGGCCGAACCUUUGGAGCCAUGGUGAACUCGGGCCUCUCGAGAGCCGCUGCCGCCGCCGCCGCCGCCACCAGCACCGCCACCGCCGCCGCCGCCGCCGCCGCCUCCGCAGUCUCCUCUCGGGAGUGAGGUGCACCGACGGGGCGAGCGGGGAGGCGGCGGCCGCCGCGGCGGGCACCGCAGCCACCAUGUCGGACACACGGCGACGAGUAAAGGUCUAUACCCUGAACGAAGACCGGCAGUGGGACGACCGAGGCACCGGGCACGUCUCCUCCACCUACGUGGAGGAGCUCAAGGGAAUGUCCCUUCUGGUUCGGGCCGAGUCUGACGGAUCGCUACUUUUGGAAUCAAAGAUAAAUCCAAACACUGCAUAUCAGAAACAGCAGGAUACAUUAAUUGUUUGGUCAGAAGCUGAGAACUAUGAUCUGGCUCUAAGUUUUCAGGAAAAAGCUGGCUGUGAUGAGAUCUGGGAAAAAAUUUGUCAGGUUCAAGGUAAAGACCCAUCAGUAGAAGUCACCCAAGACCUCAUUGAUGAAUCUGAAGAAGAGCGAUUUGAAGAAAUGCCUGAAACUAGUCAUCUGAUUGACCUGCCCACCUGUGAACUCAAUAAACUUGAAGAGAUUGCUGACUUAGUUACCUCAGUUCUUUCCUCACCUAUCCGUAGGGAAAAGCUGGCAUUAGCCUUGGAAAAUGAAGGCUAUAUUAAAAAACUACUGCAGCUGUUCCAAGCUUGUGAGAACCUAGAAAACACUGAAGGUUUACACCAUCUAUAUGAAAUUUUUAGAGGAAUAUUGUUCCUAAAUAAGGCAACUCUUUUUGAGGUGAUGUUUUCUGAUGAGUGUAUCAUGGAUGUUGUGGGAUGCCUUGAAUAUGACCCUGCUUUGGCUCAGCCAAAAAGACAUAGAGAAUUCUUGACCAAAACUGCAAAGUUUAAAGAGGUUAUACCAAUAACAGACUCUGAACUAAGACAAAAAAUACAUCAGACUUACAGGGUACAAUAUAUUCAGGACAUCAUUUUGCCUACACCAUCUGUUUUUGAAGAGAAUUUUCUUUCUACUCUAACAUCUUUUAUUUUCUUCAACAAAGUUGAGAUCGUCAGCAUGUUGCAGGAAGAUGAGAAGUUUUUGUCUGAAGUUUUUGCACAAUUAACAGAUGAGGCUACGGAUGAUGAUAAAAGGCGUGAAUUGGUUAAUUUUUUCAAGGAAUUUUGUGCAUUUUCUCAGACAUUGCAACCUCAAAACAGGGAUGCAUUUUUCAAAACUUUGGCAAAAUUAGGAAUUCUUCCUGCUCUUGAAAUUGUAAUGGGCAUGGAUGAUUUGCAAGUUAGAUCAGCUGCUACAGAUAUAUUUUCUUAUCUGGUAGAAUUUAGUCCAUCUAUGGUUCGAGAAUUUGUAAUGCAAGAAGCCCAGCAGAGUGAUGAUGAUAUCCUUCUUAUUAAUGUAGUAAUCGAACAAAUGAUCUGUGACUCUGAUCCUGAACUAGGAGGUGCAGUCCAGUUAAUGGGACUUCUUCGAACUUUAAUUGACCCGGAGAACAUGCUGGCUACAAGUAAUAAAACGGAAAAGAGUGAGUUUCUAAAUUUCUUCUACAACCAUUGUAUGCAUGUCCUCACUGCACCACUUUUGACCAAUACUUCAGAAGACAAAGGUGAAAAGGAUGAUAUAGAUGGAUCUAACAAAAACAACACAAUUUGUCCUGAUAAUUACCAAACAGCACAGCUACUUGCCUUAAUUUUAGAGUUACUCACCUUUUGUGUGGAACAUCACACAUACCACAUAAAAAACUAUAUCAUGAACAAGGACUUGCUUAGAAGAGUCUUAGUCUUGAUGAAUUCAAAGCACACUUUCCUGGCCUUGUGUGCUCUUCGUUUUAUGAGGCGGAUAAUUGGCCUUAAAGAUGAAUUUUAUAAUCGUUACAUCACCAAGGGAAAUCUUUUUGAGCCAGUUAUAAAUGCUCUUCUGGAUAAUGGAACUCGGUACAAUCUGUUAAAUUCAGCUGUUAUUGAAUUGUUUGAAUUUAUAAGAGUGGAAGAUAUCAAGUCUCUUACUUCACACAUAGUUGAAAACUUUUAUAAAGCACUUGAAUCAAUUGAAUAUGUUCAGACAUUCAAAGGAUUGAAGACUAAAUAUGAACAAGAAAAAGACAGACAAAAUCAAAAACUGAACAGUGUACCAUCUAUAUUGCGUAGUAACAGAUUUCGCAGAGAUGCAAAGACUUUGGAAGAAGAUGAAGAAAUGUGGUUUAAUGAAGAUGAAGAGGAGGAAGGAAAAGUGGUUGUGGCACCAGCUGAAAAAUCUAAGCCAGAAGAUGAUUUCCCAGAUAGCUAUGAAAAAUUUAUGGAGACUAAAAAAGCAAAAGAAAGUGAAGACAAAGAAAAUCUUCCUAAAAGGACAUCUUCUGGUAGCUUCAAAUUUACUUUCUCCCACUCUGCCAGUGCUGCUAAUGGAACAAACAGUACAAACAGUAAAUCCGUAGUGGCUCAGACACCACCACCAAGUUCUAAUGGGUCUUCUUCCAAAACUACAAACUUGGCUGCAUCAGUAACAGCCACCAAGGGGAGUUUGGUUGGCUUAGUGGAUUAUCCAGAUGAUGAAGAGGAAGAUGAAGAAGAAGAAACAUCCCCCAGGAAAAGACCUCGCCUUGGUUCAUAAAAUAUUUGCUGGGGACCCCCAGCAUGUGGUCUUACUAAAAUGCUGCAACUGUUCAAUGAGCUGAAAAUCUCAAUCAGAAAGCUUUCUCACUUGAACCUAUAAAUAUAUACAAGGAAUAGCAGACACACAGUGUAUCACCUAGGAGGGUUUAGUUGUAUAAGAAAACAUACCAGGCUUCCCAGGAACUUAAUUGCUUGCUAGUAAUUAAGGGGUUUAACUUUCAGGCUGUCAAAAAAUAAUAAUGGUUAGUUAACCAAACCUGGGGGAUUGCUUCUCAACAAGGAAAGUCUCAGGUUUUGGGACGGUUUCGGGGAGGGAAAAGUUGAUAAAAUAAUAUUAAUGCAGGGUUGUUCCAAGGGGUUAACCAAAACAGGAAAAAAAAAUCUAAAGCUUCAGUUGCAAAUCCAAUAACAUUACUUAUAUAUAAUGGUGCUGGCAUGGUGUUUUAAUCAGUUGCCUCUUUUUAAAAGGAAUUUUUAAUGGAAAACAUUGAACUGUCAUAAUAUAAGAAGUGAAAUCAAGUUAUUGGGACCAUUUCCUUGAAGAUUUCACAGAAAUUCAGCCUUUCGGAUACUUGGAGGGAAGUACACCCUAUACAUAUAACAGUACAUGUUGAGUUCGCUAUGUCAGGAAUGUCACUACGUAUUUUGACUAAAUCAAGCGGGAUUCAAAAUGAAUGAGCUAGUAUUAUUUUAAAAUCAGCACUUUUAGGGGAUAACCACAGUCAUGAAACAGUUCAGUAGUAUUCCAAAUGAUCCUCUGAAAACCUGAAUGGGGUAGAAGAGGAUGUUUCCAUCCACUUACCAGUACAAUCUUUUGUGGAAGGUAAAGACACUUUCUGUUCUGUCAGUAAAGUUGUAUCUCUCUUGAGAGCUUCAGGCAAGUUUUAAAGUAUCAAGACUAAUAAAGAAUAGUGCUGAAUCAAAUGGCAUUUAACAUCUAGAGGCCAUUUUGAUCCAUAGUUACUUAGAUAUCAUAAUCACAUGCAGCACAUGAAGCUUGUUCAGAUACAAAAAGGGUGUAAUAUGAAAGCUGCUUUUUUUAAGAGUAAAAGCACAUUCCAUGUACGUGAAGGAAUUUAAAAUAAUAAAUUGAGGCAAACAGUUAAGAGGUUUUAUUUUUAGAACAGCAAGUUAACUGUAAAUAUUUUAAUGUUAGUUUGCUCAUCUAUGAUCUGAGAUCAUGCUGAGAUGAAGAAAAUGUCCCCAAACUACAAUUUAACAAGACGCAUUGGGAAAAAAAAAACAAAAACUAAAAAAUAGUAAUUCCAGCUAGUCUUUAGAUCACCUUUUGUAAUGUGUUAUGGGUCCAUUUUCCCAGAGUAGCUUAAACUGAAGCAGUUUCCCCUGUUUGGAAAUUUUGUAGUUAAUUUUAAUUUUGGCUAUUGUUUGGAAAAGAUGGGCUGUCUGUGUAGAUAUGAAGUAUAGUUUUUUCCAUAAAACAGAUGUUUAUUUUGUAUUAAAAAUACCACUGUACUUGUUUUACACCAUUUGUAUACAUGUGGUGAUAUUAAUGCUGAACUGUAAAAUUCAGGAAUUAAAAUGUGACCCUGUAAUUCCA